AUGCAGUUCGCUUUACCUCCGCGAAAGACUUCGCAUCCUCCCCUGUACGCCCGACCCUCGUCAUCAUCAGCCCUACGAUAUCGACAGUUAAAGGCGCUGGCUGUGAUCGUGUUUGGGGUUUUGUCUGUUUUUUUCUUGAUCUCGCGUGUAUUUUCCUUCGACAGAUCUUCUUCGUCGGUGUCUGUGCAGAGUGGGCCAAUUGUUGUGCUGGUCACGGUCUUGGACGAAAAGAAGUUUAGUGACAAAUAUAUCCAGCGGAUCAAACAAAAUCGCGAAGACUAUGCUAAACGUCACGCAAUGGCUGAUGUCGAUGGACCAACAGGUUAUGCCACCUUCUAUGCCAGCACGUCUGAAUAUACCUCCGUCUUAGAGGGAGCCCCUCAGAGUUGGGCGAUCGUUCCGGCGCUUCGCCAUGCCAUGGCAUUGUAUUCUGGAAGCACGUACUUUUUCCACCUUUCUCCUCAUUCUCUCAUUAUGGAGCCUACGAUGCCGAUUGCGUCCAAUCUCCUUGAACCGAAGAAGCUAGGUUCACUUAUGAUGAAAGAUGUUCCGGUUGUGCCCCCGGACAGUGUCAUCAAGACUUUCAGCCAUUUGUCUAGCAAGGAUGUCGACCUGGUUAUUACGCAGGACGGAGAGAAUAUUUCAACUGGAAGCUUCGUUCUCAAGCAAGGGGAAUGGGCUAAGUAUUUUCUGGAUGUCUGGUUUGACCCCUUAUAUCGCCGUUAUAACUUCGCAAAAGCUGAAAUUCAUGCUCUUGACCACAUUGUCCAAUGGCAUCCAACGAUCCUUGCAAAGCUCGCCCUUGUUCCUCAACGCCUAUUGAACGCUUACAGUCCAGUAUCACAGAAACCGAGUCCAGACGGUGUCUAUCGCGAAGGUGAUUUCAUCAUUAGAUUUAAAGACUGUGAAGUCGGCUCGAAUUUGAAAUGCGAGAAUGAAAUGGAUGCAUAUUUCCAGCAAUGGCUAAGAAAAGCCGGCAGUCAUAGCUAA